AAUUUCAUGGCAAUACAGGAACUCGGUCUAGUUCGGAUAAGACUUUCUUGAUUUUUUUAAAUUUAAAAACACGUUGUGGCUCCAUAUUUAUCAAAGACGAGAAGUCGCGUACAGAGAAGCAAGGGCAAGCAGCUCAUAAAUGUGAAUAAAAUUACCCAACUCAUUUUGGCAGUGAAAUGAAGCAAGUUUAUCCAUCUUAAUGAAUCUUCUUCAGAAUCUUCUAAUGAAGACGAAUACAGCAUAAACCUUGGUUACAUUGUGAAGAAAAAGGAAUAUUUCUAGGAUUUGCCAAAUUAAGCGCGAGAACUCGUUGAGACGAGUCGAGAAAAUAUUGAAUAUUGACGAAGGCCGAGACCAGCGUAUCACGCCACUAGUACAUCAUGUAGAGGUUUAUAAAGAAAUUAAGUUUACCAUAAGAUCAGUCAGGAGUAUAACCACGGAGCAUAAAUCCCCCUUUUCUGGCUUCCAAUAUGAAUUUAAGCAACGGGACUUUGGACGUGUACCAAAACUCGGAGGGACUAGAUUUACCCUAUGCUGUGAUAACAGGAAUUGUGCUUUUCAGUAUUUUAUUUAUGACAGUUUUUGGAAAUCUUUUAGUUUUAAUUGCAGUGGCCAUUAAUGAAAAUCUGCGACACACAACGAACUACUUUAUUGUUAAUUUAGCUUGUGCGGACCUUCUUCUGGGUUUGUCUGUGUUGCCUUUUUCGGCCACAUUAGAUAUUUUGGGUUACUGGCCUUUCGGGUCAGUCAUGUGUAUUUUCUGGACUUCUGUGGAUGUAUUGUGGUGUACAGGAUCCAUAAUUACCCUAUGUGUUAUCAGUGUGGACCGCUACAUUGGAAUUACUAAACCUUUACAACAUGGAAUUAUUAUGUCUGAAAAACGAGCUUGCUGGAUUAUCUCCCUUGUUUGGGUUGUCUCGCUUGCCAUUUCCAUUGGUCCUGUAUUUGGAUGGCGGCACGAUCGGAAAGUAGUUCAGACCAGUUGUCACGUGAAUAAGGAACCAGCAUAUGUUAUAUUUUCAGUGACGGGAUCAUUUUACAUCCCCAUGUUUGUUAUUGUAUUUGUUUACUGUAGGAUUUUCAAAAAAGUGAAUAAACAUAACAAACAUUUAGAAAAAGGGGAGACAGUCACGACGUUGGGAAAUUCAUCCGCUAAGAAAAUUAAACUUCGAGUUCAUACAGGGCGCACUAGUAGCAACGCAGCUUUAAAUGGAAACUCGAAACAGAAUAUGUCAGAGCGGUUAAUAAAGUUUAACAAACAGAAAAAAGCCGCUAAAACCCUCGGAAUCGUGGUUGGGGUUUUUAUCCUUUGCUGGUUCCCUUUCUUUUUUGUCCUGCCGUUAGGUGCCCUUUGCAGUAAGUGCUCCCCUCCAGAGAAUGUGUUUAAGGUGAUUUUCUGGCUUGGUUACUGCAACUCCAUGAUGAACCCUGUGAUCUAUGGUUUUUCAAGUAAAGAAUUCAAGCGUGCCUUUAGAAAUAUUCUCAGCUGUAAAUGCAGAAACUCCGAUAGAUUUAAGCUAAUACAGAGAUACUCUUUUUAUGACCAGAAAGAACGAUCAAAUACCAAUUUAUCUUGUCAAAAUGGGAAAUCGAGAUCAAUUAGAAGCAUCAAAGGUGAUGAGCGUCUUAGAGGAGAAACAUUGAGGUCUAAAAACUGCAAUGCUCAGACGGAUUACUCACCAGUUGGCAAAUGUUACCUUGCUGCAAAUCCCCCAAGUUUUGAUAGUGAUUCUGUGUCCCUGAGUGACCACGUUUUGGAGGAAUUACGUCAGGAACAGAGGCGAUCCCCUAUUGACAAAUGAAGAAAGAUAUGUUUAAAAGAGGCAAAACAUUUUAUAUACUAAUAUAUCAAGUGUCAGCGAUUAACAAAAAAGUAUGGCAACGUUAAAAUUUUGAAAACGAUUCAAAGAAAGUAAUCUUAUAAAAUUUUAGUAUCGAAAAAAAUUGCCACCAACGUGUGGCCUGAAGGAAAAUGUAUACCUUUCCGUUCUUAACAAACGACCACACACACAGAGUUUAUUAACAGGAAUUCUUAAACUCCUCGUAUUAACUAUUAAAUAUCAGCAUGUUGGCUCUAUGGACCUAGCUAGGCUUUUUAUGAACAAUUUUUGUUUAAAUAAUGUUUGGAAUUUCACGCCGUCUAAAAAACGAGAAAUUAAAUAAAGCUUAUCAAUAUUUGUCAUUUAUGUUCUUGACCGAAAAAUUUUGGCAAGCUGAACAUUGUGUUUUGGAAUGAAAUGAGUACUUCAUGCAAAAAUAAAUGAAAUGAGAAACCAGUA